CUAGAUGCCAUGUUGAACACCGAAUACUUGUAAAAUGCACACAACUUUGAAGUCACAACUAUCCUAUUAUCAUGUGAUUUUAAAGUAGGUCGUUAUUUAACACGUGUCUCGAGCAUUUCCAGAAAACCAGCUUGGUAGUAUCGGGGGUAGUACAUUGUAGUAUGAUCUAGUAUAUAUUUAUCAGUGAGACCAAACUUUCGAUUAAAUAUCACUUCAGUCAACUAUAGUCAUGGCUUGCAUUUCGUGUAAUGUAGAAAAACUAUCUAAUGAAUAUCCACCUCACAACGGAUCUAGAGAAUGUGAUCAUCCGUCUCUUACAUGUCUACGGUGUUUGGUGGAUCAUGUUGACAAAACUGGGAAAUGUCCUCAUCCCGACUGCAGCUUGGUGAUUGCAAAACAGUCUCCAACCAUGCAGCUGUUUAAAGCCAUUCUGUCAAAACUGUUUAAAGAGUAUGAGUCAGCCUACACCCCAUUGGUAGAUAUCGGAGGAGGCAAUCAGUAUGUUAACGUCACAGGCCUUACUGGAGAGUCCGCGUCCAUCCAAUUUACUCCACACAUGACAGUCGAUCAUUUGAAGUCAUUGAUACAACAGAAGCUUAAACACGAAAGAGGAAAACAAAAACUGUUAUACCAGGGAAAAGAGAUGAAUGUUAUGGGACCAAACGGUGGAUAUACUACUUUGUCAGAUCAUGGGGUCAAACCAAACACUACAAUUUGUUUAGUAAUUUGUUUGUUCAGUAUACCGGACAGUUUUGACGAUGUUGUUUUUGAUUUAUACUGGGGUUACCCAUACCAAAAAACGGAUUUUCUUGAUGCAUCUUGUUUGAUUUUUAAUGGGACCACCUUACAAAAAGUGGUUGACUACAAUCACAGACAUGCAACUGCCAUACGCCAUUCUGGUGAUGUAAUGGACAAUGUUCAUCGAAUAGGACACCAUACGAUCAAUGUGUCUUUGAAAAAUAUACCCUCUAACGUAACGCAUUUGUUUUUUACACUGAGCGCAUGGAAUUCUCCAAAUAUUGCUCAGUAUCCAAAUCCAAGCUUAAAAUUUUAUGAUGCCACAAAACCAGGUAAAGAUCUUUGCAAGACAACGUUUCAUCACGCUCGAAACUCGCAAGCAGUUGUGAUGUGCUCUGUUUCAAGGAAUUCGCAAGGGAGUUGGGAAAUUUUCGAGUCGGGACAGCUUUCGGCAGGAAAUGCAAAAAACUAUAGUUUACUGGUUUCUACAAUCCAACAGCUUAUAUAUAGAGGAGUUUAAAACAUGCAUCAGUAAAUAAAACAUAGCAAUUCAGUAUAAAUAGUUUGUACGAUAUAUGUUGAUAUGCAAACCGUAUUAUGUAUGGUGUUUACAUUUUUUCUCUGAUGACAUAAGAGAAUGAUACACACAAUACUCAAGAAGAACAGGUUUAUGUCGUUUAUUGUAAAUAAAGUAGUGAUCAGACCAGGA